AUGAAUAUUCCAAUUGGUAUCAAAUGGGCGAUAACUGCCGUCGUAGCCAUAAUGAAUCUUGCCGUGUCAUUUGCAUCAUCAGCCUAUUCUGAAGGUAUCCGUGAAAUACGGACAGAAUUUGGUGUUAGCCAAAUCGUCGCCACGUUGGGAAUUGCACUGUUCGUUUUGGGUUUUACUAUUGGGCCCCUGGUGUGGGCACCUUUGAGUGAGAUUUAUGGAUGCCGGUACAUCGCGGUUGGUUCUGUUUUUCUUCUUGCUGCAUUCAGUGCCGGUUCAGCGGCUUCUCAGAACAUGACUACUCUAGCUGUAACGCGAUUCUUGGCUGGUGCUUUAGGCUCGUCACCACUGACAAAUGGUGGCGGACUGACAAACACUUUGUUUGCGGCGGCUCCCUUCCUUGGCCCAGCGAUUGGCCCCAUUGUGGGUGGUUUUGUUGGACAGACAGUAGAAUGGCGUUGGAUACAAGGCGUAAUCGCUAUCUUCACAGGAGUGAUGGCGAUCCUCUGUGCCCUAGUUGUGCCCGAAACGUAUUCACCUGUGCUCUUGAGCAAACGAGCCGCAAAACUUUCUCAAGUCACCUCAAAAACCUUCAAGAGUGAGGUCGAGCUGGAGGGAGGCAAGAAAACCGUCUCCAAAGCAUUCACCGCGGCGUUGAUCAGACCUUGGAUAUUGUUGUUUUGCGAACCAAUAGUCCUCUUGUUGGCUGUAUACACGGCAAUCAUAUAUGGAGCACUCUAUAUGUUCUUCCCAGCUUUCCCUAUUGUUUACCAGGUCGGUCGGGGUUGGUCGACAGGCAUUGGGGGUCUCGCAUUCAUCGGAGUUGUAGUAGGCAUGUCCUUUGCAAUAGUUUAUUUGUUUUGGGAAAACAAACGCUAUGCUCGUAGCAUGGCAAAUUCACCGACCGGACAUCUUGAUCCCGAAGCGAGAUUACCACCCGCGCUUGUUGGGAGCAUCACCAUACCCGUCGGGCUUUUUUGGUUAGCCUGGACCAAUGGUCCGAACAUACACUGGAUCGCCAGCAUCAUGGCCAGUGUCCCGUUUGGCUUCGGCAUGGUGCUGGUCGUUAUAUCGUCCGUAAAUUAUCUGAUCGACUCGUACGUUAUAUAUGCGGCAUCAGUGAUGGCUGCCAGCUCGGUCCUUCGCUCACUCUUUGGUGCGGCAUUCCCGUUAUUCACGCCUUACAUGUACCGAAAUUUGGGUAUACAUUGGGCCUCAUCUAUUCCCGCGUUUCUGACUCUCGCUAGUGUACCUUUUCCAUUCUUAUUCUACAAGAUUGAAGAGAGUAUUAGAAUGCGUUGCAAAUAUUCCCGUGAAGCUGCUGCGGUGCUGAGCAAAAUGCGAAACUAA